AUGGCAGUGGCAAGAAUACACGCUGCCCCAAUAGCUCGUCUGCACACAUCGCUCGCCACCACUGCCUUUCUCUCAGCACUCAUACUCGGUUGUGCACUACACUACCGCAAGAUUGUCAAGAACAGCGUCGCACAAUACCCCGAUGAAUGGUUUCCUUCCGUUUCAGCGACUAUCGGAGACUGGUAUCCAGAGCGAAACAUAUUCCAGAUUCUCAUUGCUCUCACCUCAGGCCCGCGUUUUGCUCUUGUCUUUCUCCAGUACUUUCUCCAUCAUUCAUCCACGUCGUCUCUCCCAACCGUUGUCUUUCUUUCCGGUCUUGUGCGAACCCUCUCCUGCGGAGGUUGGGUCUACAUCACCUCCAGCGACGACCAUGAUGUACACGACUUUAUGAUGAUCCUCUACAUGGUCUGCAACAUACCCUGGAUGCUCCUAGGCAUCGCGUGCACCCCCCCUGCUAGAACCUCCGUGCGUCGAAAGAGGAUGCUGAUUGCCGGCGCGUUUUUUGCCACCAUCGGCCCCCUGGUCUAUUUCUUCAUACAGCACAAAGUCCACCGUAUACCUGGAGCCUAUACCCGCUACGCCUUUUUCGAAUGGGGACUCAUCUUCUUUGACGUCUUGUAUGAUUCAGUUGCAGAGCAAGAAUUUAGAGAAGCGGAUUUGCACGCAAGUUGUCUCUUGACUCUCGCGGGAUCACAUAUUGACAAACCUCUGGCAAAUGCUGUAGAAAGUGCACUGGCACCAGCACACACCACUCACGCCACCUCACAAAACGCGUCCAGAAUACCUGCAUCUUGGCGUAAUGUCCUCACUUUUCUGUCUGACGUCUAUCUUUCUUAUGUUUUUUGGACGCUCUUCACUUCCCUCAUACCCACACUGUUCUACUUCUCCGUUUGGAAGCUUGGUAUUGCAGGACAUGAGCUUGCGCUUCUCUCCGUACUUUCUCCCCUCCUCCUGUCUCUUCAGACUAAUUUGGUGCCGUCCGUUCUAGCAUAUGCUAGAAGUCGAAAAGGGCAGGGCACUCUGCAGUUGAUAUCACUCAUUGGCGUUGUUGCCUACCUUGUGCCGAGUCCCGGUGGAAGACUAGGACUUGUCGCCGUCGCAAAUAUUGUUGCCGUCAUGCGGCAAGUGGUCGCUUGGUCUGGUAUAGUUGACGGCGAAACUGAUGUACCCUACCAAGCAAUCGUCACUGGACUUGGUAUCCUCACUUCUUCGUUAUUGAAGCAAGCUAACAGAGCGAAUAAUCCAUUGUGGCCAUUCAUCAACCACAAGGCCGGAGGAUACAACAAGACGGGCCUAGUUUUAGCCCUUCUCGCGAUAUAUGAAUAUAGCGCGCGCCCAGUCUUCUCCACUCCCAAAACUACGAAGAAAAGCACAGCGCAGGUCAAACCAGAACCGUUUCAAAGUGCAUGGCGUGGAGCCCUACCUUUAGGCUCUCUCCUGUUCUGCAUACACAAUUUACUCUCUGAACCAAGCACCCUGAUCGCAUGGUCAUGGACAGGAUAUGAGAACCGACUUCCACGCGGGCCUGUACCUCACAUCCAUGGAUCUUUAACCGUUCUUGCCAUGGCGCUCGGCCUUCUACUCGCGUGCAUAUCCUCCAAGAAUAAUAAACUAGGCAGUGUGCUGACAAGCCCCGCUUGGUUCCUCUUUGGCACGGGUAGCUCCUAUGUGAUGUACGCGUACAGAAACUGGAUGGGCUACGUAGGGGGACUUGGAGUGGCUGCUUUUUUGAUGUCUCUGCUCCCUGGGGUAUUCCAUACGGCCGCUUACUCGGCUGGUGAUGUAGGGGGGAGUGGUCGGAAUAUCUCAAAAACAUAUUCCAUGGCCCUGGCUGUUUAUUGUGUUUUGAACUUGGCGAGCAUCUUUACAGUUGCAUACGCAUUUGUGCCUGGUGGUAUAUACCUGCGUGAGAGAACGGACUUAGUGACAACCAUACAGAUAGCAUGCUUCCUCCCUGCCUUCCGAUGGUCCACUUCCAAGUCAUCUGGCCAUGCCAUUAGCACAUCAUCUCAAACAAGAUACGCAACCAAGGAUAAGUACAAACCUCACAUACUGAUCACGCUCUUCAUCCUAUCCUCCCUCUCACUUCUAACGACUCUGCACCGUGUUCCCCGCACAAUCCCCGUACCUUAUAAAUCCGGAACGAGAAUCUUUAACACGGGCAUCUGGACAGUACAUUUUGGGAUUGACAAUGAAGGCCAUGACAGCCAGCGUGGAAUACUGAACUUGAUCAAGGAUAUGGAGCUGGAUAUUGUGGGACUUUUGGAGACGGAUUUGCAUAGAACUGCAUUUGGACACCGCGAUCUAACACGGCUUAUUGUGGAAGAAUCAAAUUAUAACGUAGACAUCGGUCCUGGACCCAACGCCCAUACAUGGGGUGCUGUGCUGCUUUCAAAGUUCCCCAUUAUCAGUACCAAACACCAUCUUCUACCUUCACCUCACGGGGAGCUUGCUCCGGCUAUCGAAGCAGUUUUGGAUGUGUAUGGAACAGAGGUGCUUGUUGUGGUGGCACAUAAUGGCCAAGAGGAAGAUCCCCUGGACAGAGAACUUCAAAGCACGGAGUUGGCUAAGAUCAUGGCUGCAUCUACUAGACCUGUUGUUUUCCUAGGCUACGUUGUAACAAAACCUCAUACCCCUCGUCCCAAUCCUUACGGCAUCAUGGUUAACGAAGGGAACGUUCACGACAUCGACGAGGAUGACCUCGACAGAUGGGGCCUGUACCGCACCUCGUACGCGCGGGUCUCGCGCGGGAUUAUCACCGACACUGAGACGCAAAUUGGGCAGUUCGUGCUACCACGCCAGGGACACAACGUUACGGAUGACUCCAAGGAGGCGAGGUAUCUGAGAUCGAGGAAAGAGGAACUCGCAGUUGAACACUGGUUCCCGAUGCCAUACUACGGCGAUGAGAAACAAGGAGGUGUGAAUGGGCAUUAUUACCAUGUAUUCAAUACGAUUCCUGAAAGCGCGGAGUUGUAG